GCAACAGGAGAGGCCACAGCAGUGAGAGGCCCGCGUACCGCAAAAAAAAAAAAAAAAAAAAAAAAAAAUUUCAGUUCCUCAGUCUCACUAGCCAACCACAAGUAGCUACAUGUGGCUAGUAACUAUUGAAUUGGACAGCCCAGAGAACAUCACCAACAUCGCAGAGAGUUCUAGACAGCAUUGUCCAAGUGUUUCUCAAGGUUUUAUCUCCUUUAAACUUCCUAACACCCCUAUAACGCAGGAGUAAUCAUUUGUCCACUUUAGAACUAAGGAUUCUGCGGUACAGAGAGGUUAAAAACUUCACCAAGCUCUCAGCAGAUUAGUACCCAGAGCAAGGAUUUAAGCUCAGGUGGGUGGCUCUGGGGCCCACCAUGCUGUCUCCACGCCCAGAGUUGCCCCUAACCCCUGCUAUCUACCCCGCCCUUCCCUCUUACCUCCUAGGGGUGGGGCUGAAUCUUCCCAUUCCCCAGAAGCCAUUGUCCCUUACCACUGCUCUCCUGCCAGCUCACCCUGAGGAAUGAGGGCCCCUGGGCUUCAAGCCCCUUCUGGCUGAGAACCCCCACUCUGUUACCCUCCCCACCUCCUUUUAGCCCCUUAUUUCCCUUAAAGUAUUAGUAUUAUGGGUUUUAAUCCCGCCAGCCCAUCCCCGUCUUGAUUCAAGGUGAGCCUGGGUCUGGGAAGAAUCCUAACCUGGGAGCAGCCCUACUUCCCUCGGGUGACCUUCAUCCCCAAGAAACGAUGUGCAGCCAGUUCAGCUCAGAGAGCCAACUUCACUAACACCUCUGAAGGUGCAACCAAAUCUUACUCUGCAGGGGUAGAGCGAGAAGUGGGGGAGGCUUCACGCACUCAAGCUGCCGGAACGCAGUGAAAGUGGAAGCAGCCAGGGGCCGAGGCUUCAAGGGUUCUGCCUGCAAAGCACCUCGAGUGCUUGCAAGCUAGACCGUUUGUGGUUGCCCCGUCUCCUACCUUAGCUGUAGCCCACGUUACCCUCUAGACCUGCAGCUGAACAAAGUUAAAGACAACUAGAGUCAGGAGAUCUCUUGGAAAGAGAACAAUAGAGGAAAAUGUAUAAAUGUUAACAUCUUGAGCUGGGCCAACAAGAUAUUCGAUUCCUACUUUACUUCCUCACUCCUUUUACCUCUCUCCCAAUCAACUGAGUCUCAAAAGAAUUGCCUGGCAGUGCCAGAUUGGUUUCCCAUUUCCACUGAAUCAGAGAAUCUAGGGCAAGAAAACUUAGAAAAUUCACCCUGUCCGUUCCUGCUUUCAGCAGUAAGCACAGCAAAUUCCAGACUACCGUAUAUGAAACUUCUCACCCAAAGACUUCCAGGAACAACCUUACUGUCAGAAAGUGCUUCCUGGUAUGUUACCCACCUCUCCAUGCUUCACCUUAAACUCACAUGUUCAGUCCUCAGAGGAUGUGAGGGUUGGGGAGAUGGCCUCCUUCUCUGUUGAGAGACCAGUAGUUUCCAGUUUUUAAUCUGUUACAAGUGAUGCUGCUAUGAACAUUCUUGCACCUGUCUUUUGUGCCCACACAUGUGCAUAUACGUAGGAGUGAAAAUGCUCGGUCAUCAGGCAUCUAUAUAUGUUCAGUUUUAGUAGAUUCUGCCACACAGUUCUCCAAAGUGGUUGUACCAAUUUAUAUUCCCUGUGGAAGUGUACGUGAGUUCUAGUUGCUUCACAUCCUCACCAGCACUUGGAUGUCUAUAGUUUUGGCCAUUCUUAUGGGGGCUGUGGUGGUAUCUCAUUGCAGUUUAAGUUUGCAUUUCCACUGUGAUUUAUGAAGUCAAGUUCCUUAUCCUGUGUUUAUUGGGCGCUUGGAUAUCUGCUUUUGUGAAGUACCUAUCCAAAAUAUUGCCCAUUUUUCUAGUGGGUGGUCUGUCUUUUUCUAAUUGACUUGUAGAAAUUCUUAUAUUCUGGAUACGAGUCCUUUGUCAGCCAUAUGUAUUGAAAAUACCUUGCUGUGGCUUGCCUGUUCACUCUCCUAAUGGUGUCUUUUAAUGAAUGGUUCUUCUCAAAAUAAUAACCUGACAGUCUUAAAGCCUCAUAUUCAGAACCUCCAGCCCCAUUCUACCCCAACCUCAUCAAUCCCUGAUUCUCUCCUGAGCUGACAGUCCUGUGGACUCUUUUCAGGAUUCCACUUCUCUGCCUCAUUGCAGUGUCCAGACACAUUUCUCCUUGAAGAAGAGGGUAUCUUGGAGAACUAGAGGUCACUCAGGGUGGAGAGUGGAUGAUCUUAGUGUUUCUAGAGCUGUGCUACCUUCCAGACUAAGUGAUGCUGAGACCAAGCAAAUUCUGGCAGUCUCUGGGUCUUUCCAUAGCCCUGUCCCACCCCAGUUCCUAGCAUGAGCUUUUUCAAACCACAGAGAGAGCAUCCAAAAGUGCUUGCUAGUUGCUUACCUGACUCCUUUAUGCUUUACGGUCAAGAAAAUUCAUUCGUGUAACACUCCUUCUACCAAAGAAGAAAUACCAAUUUGAGCUUUUACAGUUUCUUCCCCACUUCCCAUAUUUAGAUUAUCAAGCACUAACACCACCUAUGUCAGAGGGGGUCACCCACCCACCCCUGUGCCUGUGGCCUAGAUGCUGUCCCUCCUGGUCUCACCCCUGCCUUCAGUUUGCCCCAGGUUCCCUCCUCCAUACCAGGCCAGGCCCCAUGCUGCUCUGGACAGUUGCGCUGCUCUUCGUUCCCUGUGUUGGGAAAACUGCCUGGCUGAGCCUCCAAGUCCAGCCAGACCCCCUGUUUGAAGGGGAUAUCCUGACUCUGCGAUGCUGGGGAAGGAGGAACGCAGCACUGUCCCAGGUGAGAUUCUACAGGGAUGGAAAAUUCCUCCAUCUCUCUAAGGAGAACCAGGCUCUGUCCAUGGGAACAGCAGCAGUGAACAGCAGUGGCCGGUACAGCUGCACUGGACAGGGGACAUACAUGCAAUAUGUGGGCAGACGAACCUCAAGGACUGUCAUGGUUCAAGUCCAAGAGCUGUUCCUGCCUCCUGUGCUGAGAGCCCACCCCUCUCGUGAGCUCCGUCGGGGGAGCCGGAGCCCACUCCUCCAUGAGGGGAGCCAGAGGUCAGCCUGGCAGCUCCUCUUCUCCUUCCACAAAGAGGACCACACCCUGCAAGACAGGGGCCUCCAUCCAGAACUCUGCAUUCCAGCAGCCGAGGAGGGAGACUCCGGGCUUUACUGGUGCGAGGCGGCCCUUGAGGGUGGCUGGGUCCAGAAACAGAGUCCCCAGCUGGAGGUCAGGGUUGGGGCCCCCUGGGAAUGUGGGGAGGUCUCCCUAAGGGAGGAGCCUGGGGGGGGUCCCACUGACCCUUCCAACUGUGUGCUGCCCCGGUUCCUUUGUGGGGAUCCUCCCCUCCGAUCCUCAUUCUACCUCAAUGGGGACACCCUGCAGAACCACGUGGCUCCCCAUGGUGGAGCCGUCUCCUUCCUCUUCCAGGUGAUGUCAGAGCAGGAUGCUGGGAACUACGCCUGCGAGGCUGAGAACAGUGUCUCCAAAGAGAAAAGCAAGCCUGAGACACUCUCCGUGGAUGGUCCUCGGGUCUUAUCUGCCCCCACUAGCGUCAACUGGCUGGUUCCUUGGCUGCCUGUAAGCCUGCUUGGCCUGAUGGUCAUUGCUGCUGCACUUCUAGGGUAUUUCAGACCCUGGAGAAAAACUGGCACAGCCCAGCCAUCAGAAAGCCAGAGCCUGACAGGACCAACCGCUUACUUCUGGGGCCCCUUCCACCCUGGAAUCUGCCCCCAGCCCCAGGUGGAGAGGAACACCCACGGUAUGUCAAUGCUGUGUUCAUUCUUUCAGUUCAUUGCCAGAAUGAGAACGAUGAAGGUGUUAUCUACUCUUUGGUACGUACGAUUCCAAAGGAGAGUGAAAGCUAGGCCUGCCCAGUCAGCCCGGCGGGAAAAGGACAUUUCUGUCAUCUACGCUGAGGUGAGACGCCUUCAGCUCAGUGAGGUUCCAGCCAAGGGGCUGAAUAGAAGAAGCAGGGCCCAGCAAGAUCCCACUGGUGGCUGCAAGGAGGUCCCCUGCUGGUGAUGGCAUCUCCUCCCCCCAGGACACACAGCCAUCCGCAGCCCCCAGCGCUCCCCAGGAGACCAGGGGACCCCAGCCUCUUCUGUGGUCCUCCAGUUCCCCAGCCCAGCAGCCAGAACCCCCGUUUGUGGAGCACAUCAGAAAACUCUGUUACCCCUUACAUGUUUAAAAAGAUACAUGGGGCUUCCCUGGUGGCGCAGUGGUUGAGAGUCUGCCUGCCGAUGCAGGGGACGCGGGUUCGUGCCCCGGUCCGGGAGGAUCCCACAUGCCGCGGAGCGGCUGGGCCCGUGGGCCAUGGCCGCUGAGCCUGCGCGUCCGGAGCCUGUGCUCCGCGACGGGAGAGGCCACAGCAGUGAGAGGCCCGCGUACCGCAAAAAAAAUAAUAAUAAUUAAAAAAUAAAUAAAUAAAAAGAUAC